UCUUAAUUUCUGCUCUGUUCCAGUUUGACAAUUUCAAGCGAGUCUUCAAGGCCGUUGAAGAACUCCGUGGGUCGCUGGUAGAAAACAUCCAACAACACUUCCUGCUCUCGGACCGGCUUGCCAGGGAUUAUGCAGCCAUCGUGUUUUUCGCCAAUAGCCGCUUUGAGACUGGGAAAAAGAAGCUGCAGUACCUGACUUUCGAAGAUUUUGCCUACUGUGCCGAGCAGAUGAUUCAGAACUGGACUUUAGGGGCAGUGGGUAAGUCUGGUCCAGAGCCAUUCGGAUCUUGUGACUCGGCACCGG